UUGAUUGGACAAAUGAAGAAUCAAUUCUCAAAUGGAUAAGAGAAUAUCAACAACCUAAAGAUUCAGUUCCAGAUAGGAAGAUACAUUUAAUACUUUGUGGUAUGGCACCCCAGAAUGAAAUGGCAUCCUUUCAUGUUUUCAACAUCAUACAUCACCUUGCACCCACUCCCCUUUUUGGCAUGUGGCCCAGGAACAGGAAAGAGCUGAUUCCUAGAGGAGGCUGCAAAUUUGAUUAUUAA